UGUCUCAAAUAGCAGGUGCUAAAACCAUAACUUACUCUGUUCUGUAUUUUAGCUACGACCUUCUCUGUUUUGGUCAGUAAUGCCACAGUGUUUCUGGGCGGCUCGGUCACACUGCCAUGCUGGCUUUCCCCCGCUAUGGAUGCGGAGGGGAUGGAUGUGCGCUGGUACCGAAGUGAUUACAACAAGCCCCUGCUGCUCUACCGUAACCGCAAAGUCCAGAGCUCUCCUCAAAUGGAACAAUAUCUGAACCGCACAACGCUUAUGCCCCGUGAGCCAACAUCCAGCGGCCUUAAGCAAGGAGAUGUGUCCAUAAGGAUCGACCAUGUCAACUUGCAAGACACAGGGAAGUAUGUUUGCUAUGUCAGCAGCAGCCAGCACUAUGAAAGCGAGGCCAUGUAUCUCAAAGUAGAGGUGAUCGGGGCCCCUCCGAUCCUGUCUCUAUCAAGGACCGAAGAUGACCAGGUGAAGGUGAGCUGCAUCUCCACUGGGUGGCUACCUGCUCCCCAGCUCCACUGGUCCCUGGGGGCCCAAGAGACGCUCCAGCCUGGGGGUCUUACUCAUUCCCCGGAGGCCGAUGGUCUGUUCUCCGUGCAGAGCUGGGUGGUCUGCCCCUCCUCGGAGUCCCAGUGGAUCUCCUGCUCAGUGUUUUUGCCCAGCAUGAAGGAGGACAAGAAAGAGGCCAGGGUGGACUUGCAGAUGGAUUCCUUCACUACAGAUUCAAGUGCAUCACCUUGGAUGAUAGCCUUUAUCAUCGCUCUGCUGGCUAUAAUAGCACUGGUAACUACCAUGGUAUUACAUCUCAGGAAGAUCAAGAUGAAGAAAGAAGAGGUUGCCCUUGGAAAACAAGAGGAAGGGAUUCCCCUGGUAAAAAAAGUAGAGUCUCACCCUUUAACAGAGGUGGACUUUAUAAGGGGCGAGUCUCCCGAGCUAGCGUACUCUGAGGACAUGAAAGUACAUGCAGGUAUUUCUCAUGUCUUUACAUACAACUGCAUUAUUUUACAUACUACUGCAUUACCCAGCAUCUACUAG